AUGAGCACGAUCAAAUGCAUCUUCCUUGGCUCCUUGGCGCUAAUUAUGGCCUUAAGCACACUUGCGGAGUUUUGGCUAUUGAGACAAGGAACUGAGAAUUCGAAUAGAGGAUCCGGAUUCGAAGUCAUCACAGCCUUUUCGGUGCGUAGGAACACGGUACUACUUCUUUCCAACGAUACUGACGAGCAGUCAACAGCCUAUAAGUUGAGAUUCCUACACGGGAUUCGUGUGCUCAGCAUGUUUUGGAUUGUCAUGGGCCAUUCUGCACGGAAUGUGGCUCUAGUCAUGUCUGGACUGGUGAACCUGCUAGCAUAUUCGGACACAUUGAUGAGCUGUGUCGGGAUAGCUGGCAUUAUCAGCGUGGACACGUUUUUCUUCCUGAGCGGAUUUCUGCUUGCGUACGGCCUUCUCAAGCAGAACAGAAACAGAUGUCUAGUGGCUGCAAUCGCCUGCGUUCGACGUUUUAUCAGGACGACUGCACCUCUCUUUUUUCUUGCCAUGUGCUUCUACCUGCUACCUCUCAUCGCAAGUGGUCCAUCUUCACCAGCAAUGUACGAAAAGUUUUACUAUGACAUGAAGAACUACUGGUGGUCGCUUCUGCUUCAGGUCAGAAACUUCCAGCCCGAACUUACAGACGGAAUCUUUGGACAUAUGUGGUACAUAUCCACUGACUUCCAGCUGUUUGUGGUAUCUGUAAUAGUCCUGCAGCUAUUCAAAGGGAAACCCAAGAUAACUAUAGGCAUUUUCAUUGGACUCUCACUAGCGAGCUGUUCAUAUAACGCCUGGCAACUGCAUGGCACAUCGUAUAUGCCCUACAACCUUCCAGUGGCCACCUCAGUUCAAGAUUUUCUGGAUAAUGAACAACAUGUACGUACUUCCCACUACACAUGCAGUUUGCUUCUUUUCGGGCUGCAUCAUGUGGCUACUGGUGGACAUGCACAAAGCACGAGGUCUUUCAAAGGCACUGCAGGCCGCUUUCUGGUGUGCAUCGGUGGCUCUUGGUUUGACCUGCGUGUUCAUGAAGCACAGCUGGAACCGUGGAGAACAACCCUCGGGAGAGUGGGCGAAAAUCCUGUUCGCAUUUUCGGAUAA